CCAGCUUGUAAUGGGGAUGCCCCAUCACGAUGCCUAGUUCCGACAAGAAAGAGCGCGCCCUGACGCCUACCCGCCGCUCUAAUCCCCGCCUUCUCGCCGACGCCGUGGCUGCUGUCGAUUGUCUGACCGAUGUCCCAGCCAAAGGAGGGGGUCAGUGGUCGAGAGAAGUCGCGCUCGGUCUUGUCGGCGACCUGUUCGACCUGGGUGAUCAGAAGGCCCUCAACCUCACCAUGAAGUUUAUCGAGCAUCUCAAGAUGGACAAGACGAACAAGCGAGAGGCAAAGAGAGAGCUGGUCCGACUCAGCGAGGUCGCUAGUUUCUACCAAAGCAUCGGGAUGACGAUUAAGGAUCUGGCGCCUGGCCUACACCACCCCGAGUGCGACAUUGGUGGCUUUCACAUUGACAUGAUACGGAUUCGCGACAACAUCUCGCCCUCCCUACCUCUCAACCUAUUCAAGAUGAGCUCCCAGGACAAAGAGGAUCAAUCAAUGUACUUGGUCUCAUUCUUUGGCCGCUUCGCUAUUUCCCUUCAGCCGCAGUUUAUGCUCGGCUCGGCAUUAGUGCCUUAUCCUGAGGACUGUGACCAAACUAUAAACGCCCAGCUGGCCUCUCAUUUCCUGUUCCGGGUCUCCUUCAAGUCGGGAGACGAAUCUCGCUCGGGCAGCAACGGGAAUGGAAUGUCCGUUCACGGGGGUGGGGACCGCGUCGAUGGACAAGCUGUUGUCAGGGAAGAGCAGGACGAGCAUGUCGAGAAGGACAGGAACGUCAAGAAAAAGGAGCAGAAUCAGCCGACAACCACACUGACAGGGCUCCCUAGGGUCGUCUUGGAGCUCGGCCAUGUGGUCAUUCUCGACGUGCGCGAGAACAACCGAACGCGAACUGGCGCCCACCAGACCCCAACCGGCAUGGGACUCUUUGCCGACAUGGAGGACAGGGACAAGACGCUGUGGUUGAUUCGCACCACCCCGUACAUGGCCUGUCCUCGGCCUCGCAUCCAGCUUCAAGGUGGAGUGCGCGGGCACAUGGGGCAACUUAACCUUGACGGAAGCCACGGGGCUAUCCCUCUUGGCAAGAGCAUCAUUGGCUGGAUGAGCAUGAAUAUCCAUAAGCAAGCAGGCGUCUUGAAGAGUGGCACUGCCUACAGCAAGGUUGAGUCGAUGUUUGAGAGGUUCAUGGUCGACCGGGACCAGAUUUGAGGCACGUCAUCUCGCCAGGGAGGGAGAGGGAGGGUUGCCAAGCAGGUUGAGCUUCUCCGUCGACAGGAUGCCAUUCUGUGAGGUUAUGAGGUUCGGAAGGGAAAUGGAAUGUCGAGGUCGAGGUGCGCUUUCCUGAUAGCGGCCGGCUGGUCGACUCCUCCCCGUUGACGAUACCCACGGUGAUUGUAUGGUAGAAUCCAAGCACGCAACACAAGAAGCUGGUAUGGGCAUUGGCUCAAAUAGCCGUAAUUCACCUUCAACUGAUCACCCG